AUGUCCGACGUGAUUGACGAUCUUUGGAACUAUAUGCCAGAAGAAGUUAUGGCCGGUGUAUUCUCCUUCCUGUCGGUUAAAGACAGAUACGCUGUUUUACACGUGUGCAAGAAAUGGGCUGCAGCCGUGGCUUCCUCUGCUGUCUGGAGUUUCACAGAACUUAAUUUUGAUUUUGAAGACGAAGACGAAGCCUGCCUGUUAAGGAAGCUGCAAGGGUACCUGGUCCAUAUCAGACACCUGAAGAUUGUACUGAACCAGUACUUGGAGUUAAACCGGAGGCUCGUCACCCAAACCUUGGACAUGCUGGCUUGUAAGAGGGCCAGGCUGCGGGCGCUGUGCAUCGUCUGCCAGGGGCUGAGUCCUUACUUCUAUUCCGGCCAGGAUGUCCUGCAGAGUGUCCGCUGCCUUUGCCAGAGCAAUCAUAAGAUCGAUCUGCAAUACGUCGACCUCCGGCAGAUGCCUUUCAUCCUGGACAACGGGACGGUGCUGCUCCUGGCUUCCACCAACCCCAAUCUGCGCACCUUGCUGAUCAACAACCGGGUUCCUGGGGUCAUCAUCCUGAAACCUGAGACCAUUGUGGAGGUGGUGCGGAUUUGCCCCAAACUUGCGGUUUUAGGGAUUUAUUACACCAGCCUCUCGAAGGACCUCCUCCAAGAACUGGGGAAGCCCAACAGGGGACCGUUCAAGUGUUUGGACAUUCUGUACGAAGGUCUGGAGAAGCAGAUCCCCGAAGAGUGUUGGGCCAUGUUGAGCAAGAGACACCCCGAAUUCCGGGUGAAGUUUGAAUUUGCUGCCAUGGUGGACCCCACCAGGAUUCCCGGGGUCCUCAAGGCCAGCAUCCCCGUUAAAUCUCUGCAGUUUAAUUACCUCCAUUACAUGACCGAUAAACUGAGGCUGAUCACCAGCUGCUACAGCCAGACCCUGGAGAGACUCAUCCUUUACACGGCCUCUUCUGAUGCUCUCAACUCCUCCCUGGUUGAAUUGGCCAAGAAGUGUUGGCAUCUGAAGGAGAUUCACUGUUACUGCGUGGUUAGCCAAGACGUGGUGGAUGCGUUUCUCUCGCACUGCCCUGGUUUGAGAGAUUACACUCUUUCCACCCAACUCUUGUCUUGUAUGUUACCAGUUAUGUGCCCCUAA